AUCAAAUCCACAUAAUAGAUAACACAAAACUGCACCGACCAAAAAAUGUUACGUCACGAUAGUCACUAUGAUUUAUGAUAGAUGUUUGUAGUAGUUACAUUAGGUAACACAAUGCAGCAAGCGAGAGAUGAGAAACAACUUGAAUCAGCUCUGGACGCUAUAAUACAACGAGUAAAUGAUUUAAAAACAUCUAUCUCAUCCAUGAUUUAUAAAAUUGAGAAUGAGUAUGAAACUCUUAGCUGGCCUACGUUUCUAGACAAUUUUGCUUUAAUUUCAGGCCAGCUUACGUCUCUUUCCAAAUUAUUAAGUCAUGAUAAAUGCCCAACAUUGAGGAAUUUAACUGUGUUACCAUUGUUAUUAUCACCUGAAAGGGACGAUCAACUGGCACAGUUAACUGAAGGUAGAGUUACCACUUUUGCUCAUGACUUGGUACCUGAUUAUUUAAGAACGAAGUUGGAACCAUCAGCUGAAAGUAAAAUGUUAAAUUUAGAACAUAAAGCUGCAACACUGGCAUAUGAAAAUGCACAGAAACAAGUAGCUGCUUAUCAGAAAGUUGUUUCGCAUGUUUGGGAUAUUGUAAACAAAGCAAGAGAAGAAUGGGAAGUUGAAUCAUCAGCAAGAGGAAGUACACAACAAAAUUCUAGUGUUGCUGAUACACAUUUAUUGGUUGCUGCUGUGGGUAUGGGAAAAGGUCUCAAGAUGGUGAAUAAUCCUAAUAACCAAACUAAUCAAGGAAAUAGUAUGAUUGUUGGCUCUCAAGGACCGGGCCGUCCUAGUGGUCCACCAGGACAAAGUAAUUUACCACCUUCUACACAGCCAAUGACUAUGAAUAAAGCUCCUUCUGCGAUUAAAACAAAUAUCAAGAGUGCUACUCAAAUUCAUCCCUAUGGACGGUAGAUGACAAUUAGUAGUUUUAGUAGAGUAUGUAAAAUAUUGUUUGUAUUGGGGACAUUUUUAUAAUUUUAUAAUCAUUUUUUCCUUUUAAAUAAAAUACGUGUACAGUACACUUAUAGGUAACGUUAAUUAGACAUUAAAAAAAUGAAUUCGGUUGAUUGUAUUCGUUAGCAAGC